UCCAGAACCACUUCUGGUUGCCAAAGGGUUCCUUGACCGAUGUUGCUCAAAGAAGCUUGUACCGAAAUCUGGAUGGAAGACACGGGACUCGACUACGAAACUGGGUGUUUAGAAUUGGAGGCGUGAAUCAAGCGAGAUGGGGAGGUAAUCAUAUCGCGAUCGAUAAUGGAUGUAUUAGUCUGGAAAUUUGCUCAUUCAAGCGAAUAACUUGUCUGGAGAGCAUUAUUUUCAAGCCUGGCAGCCAAGGCAGGUGCGCACCCCUGCAACGCAUCGAGUGGGGAGCGUCAGCAUAUCCAUAUUACCUCACAUGAGUAACCUGGAACGAUUGACUACUGCGGGGAAGAGGCGACGGUAUGACGAGAAAGGUCUUGGUGGGCAAUCGUUGCAUGUCAUUUUCAAAAGCUCACCACCGUCUCGUGAAAGGCGCAACUCUGUCGUGACGGGGGGGACUGCUUCACGGCACGAGCAAGCGAGCGAGAAACACAAGACGUGUAUGAUGGUCAUGGUAAGCGCCGGCGCGUCAAGAGCACUUGGUGACGAUGUGCCAUGUGGUGUGCAGCGCUCGGUGUCGGUCGGUGCCUGUUUCAUCGCUGUCUCAGGCACAAUGUCCAUGGCAUGGAUCGCCAACGACGUGCAUGCAGCAGCGACAACCCCGCACAGCGAACACCUGCACGCGCUGGCUCACGUGGUCGCAGCGUACCGACAGCGGGCACAACUACGCCCAGCGUGCAGGCGCGGGACACGGCCACGCUUGGAGAUGAGCCUCACACCGAGUCUGCAAACCCGGGAUGGACCAACGCGCGCGCCCCCGGGUGCAACGUCUGGAUGCGCGGUGUAGCGGAGCAGAGGCGUGACACGUACACGGCGAGGCGCGCGCAUUGGGUUGCGUGGGACAGGCACCGCAGGCGGAACGUCGCGCGAGGGCAGCAGAAGUCGUUAGAGUUUGUCGUAGGGAACCCCCGAGGGCAGCAGCUAGCGCAUGAGAGGACAGCCAGCGCUGCGGGAGGCAAUUUAGCCAGGCACAUUGCCACCACCGAGGGCCCGAGAUGAGCGCGCAAAU